CCCAACCCCCCAAAUCCCCCUUUUCCGCCCCAAAACCUCGACAUCCCCCUCCUGCUGGAGGAGCUGCGGGUGCUGCGGCAGCGCCAGCUCCGCCAGAUGCAGCUGACCGAGGAGAUUUGCCGCCACCUCCUCCUUUUGGGGGCGCCGGGACCCCCCAAAACCCACCCCCCCCGCAAAAAACCCCCCGCCGCCCCCUCGGCCAAACCCUUUUUCCCUUUCUUCCCCCCCAAAACCGAACGCGCCGCCGUCUUCUUCGCCGCGCCCUACCGCCUCGCGCCGGCCGCCCGCGGGCGGGCGCCCGACGCCGUGACGGGGCCGGGGGAAGCGGCGGCGCCCCCCGGGCGCCCGCCGAAUUUUUCGGGGGGGGAUCCGGGGGUCCCGCGGCACGGCUGCGGGGUGUGCGGGAAGGGGUUCGGCAGCGAGAGCGCCCGCCAGAUCCACCUGCGGUCGCACACCGGCGAGCGGCCCUACGGCUGCGGCGUCUGCGGCAACCGCUUCACCACCCGCGGCAACCUCAAGGUCCACCUGCACCGGCACCGCGAGAAGAACCCCCAGGUGGCCACCGACGGCCCCCGGGUGGCUACCGACGGGUUGCGGGUGGCCAGCGCCGGCCCACGGCCUCCCGCCGCGGGGCAGGCGGGGCCGGAGGGCGGCGCCGGCACGCGGCGCGGAGGGUGCGAGGCGGCGGAGGGCGGGAGAGGGGCGGCGGUGGCCGGUGGGCAAGUGGUGGCCAAGAGCGCCCAAGCGGUGGCCAACGGUGCUCAGCUGGUGGCCAACGGUGGGCACGUGGUGGUCGGCAACGCCCAAUCGAUGAUCAAUAGUGGUCAACCGAUGGCCAACAGUGGCCCAACGAUGACCAACAGCAGUCAACCGAUGGCCAACAGUGGCCCAACGAUGGCCAACAAGGUCCAACCAAUGGCCAACGCCCAAUCGAUGAUCAAUAGUGGUCAACCGAUGGCCAACAGUGGUCAACCGAUGGCCAACAGUGGUCAACCGAUGGCCAACAGUGGCCCAACGAUGGCCAACAGCGGUCAACCGAUGGCCAACAGUGGCCCAACGAUGGCCAACAAGGUCCAACCAAUGGCCAACGCCCAACCGAUGAUCAAUAGUGGUCAACCGAUGGCCAACAGUGGCCCAACGAUGGCCAACAGCGGUCAACUGAUGGCCAACAGUGGCCCAGCGAUGGCCAACAAGGUCCAACCAAUGGCCAACGCCCAACCGAUGUCCUCCAACGCCCAACUGAUGACCAAUAGUGGCCAACCGAUGGCCAACAACGCCCAAUCGAUGGCCAGCAGUGGUCAAACAAUGGCCAAUAGUGGCCCAACGAUGGACAACUGUGGUCAACGGAUGGCCAACGCUCAACCGAUGUCCUCCAACGCUCAACUGAUGGCCAAUACUGGCCCAACGAUGGCCAACAGUGGCCAAACGAUGGCCAACAGUGGCCAAACGAUGACCAGCAGUGGCCCAACAAUGGCCAACAGUGGCCCAACGAUGGCCAACAACACCCAACUGAUGGCCAACAACGUCCAAUCAAUGGCCAACAGUGGUCAACUGAUGGCCAAUGCCCAACCGAUGUCCUCCAACACCCAAGUGAUGACCAACAGUGGCCAACCGAUGGCCAACGGUGGCCAACCGAUGGCCAACAACGCCCAACCGAUGGCCAACAACGCCCAAAUGCUCUCUACCAGCACCCAACCGUUGGCCAACGCCCAACUGAAGUCCUCCAGCGCCCAACUGAUGUCCUCCAACGCCCAACUGAUGUCCACCACCCAACCGAUGUCCACCAACACCCAAGGGAUGGCCUCCAACGCCCAACCGAUGACCUCCACCACCCAACUGAUGACCCCCAACGCCCAAAUGAUGUCCUCCAAUGCCCAACUGAUGACCUCCUGCACCCAACCGACCUCCACCAACACCCAAAUGACCUCCACCAACAUCCAGCCGAUGUCCUCCACCACCCAACCGACCUCCAACGCCCAACCGAUGGCCUCCAACGUCCAACUGAUGUCCUCCACCACCCGACUGAUGACCUUCAACACUCAACCGAUGUCCUCCAACCCCCAACUGAUGACCUCCACCACCCAACUGGCCUCCACCAACGCCCAAACGAUGUCCUCCACCCCCCAACCGGUGACCUCCACCACCCAACCGGCCUCCGCCACCCAACCGAUGACCUCCAACCCCCAAGUGAUGACCUCCAGCGCCCAUCUGAUGACCUCCACCAUCCACCCAACCGCCUCCGCCACCCACCUGACCUCCACCAACGUCCAACCGAUGUCCUCCACCACCCAACUGGCCUCUACCACCCAACUGAUGACCUCCAACAGCCAGCUGAUGACCUCCAACCCCCAACUGACGUCCUCCAACCGUCAAUUGAUGACCUCCAACUCCCAAGUGAUGACCUCCAACCCCCAACCGACGUCCUCCACCACCCAACCGAUGACUUCCAACCCCCAACCGACGUCCUCCACCACCCAACCGGCCUCUACCACCCAACCGAUGACCUCCAAGCCCCAACUGAUGACCUCCACCACCUAACUGAUGAUCUCCAACCCCCAACCGAUGUCCUCCACCACCCAACUGAUGACCUCCACCCCCCAACCGACGUCCUCCACCACCCAACCGGCCUCCACCACCCAACUGAUGACCUCCAACCCCCAACUGAUGACCUCCAACCCCCAACCAACGUCUUCUACCACCCAACCGGCCUCUACCACCCAACUGAUGACCUCCAACCCCCAAUUGAUGACCUCCAACCUCCAACUGAUGACCUCCAACCCCCAACCGACGUCCUCCACCCCCCAACCGAUGACCUCCACCCCCCACCCGGCCUCCGCCCACCUCCUCCUCCUCAC